GCCAGUAGACUAAAGGGCACAGUUACAGAAUACUGGUCCUGGCCCCAGUGAGUCGGACGACUAUCGCCAGUCAUGUAUGACAUCAUGGGGUUACUUUUGUUUGCAGCCGCUGGCAAUAUUUAAUAAUUGAGAUAUUUUGGAGAUAAAGUGAAGUUAUCAACAUUCAAUUUCAUUUUAGACGUAUACGGUCUGGUGAAGCUCGACACGCAAAAGAUUAAAGAUGCAUUUCUGUCCUGGCUAUUCAGUGCAAUACGGAGUCGACAAUACCAGUGAAAGAACAGACGCUACCCCAGAAAAUGAGCUGAGUCAAUGUGAAGACACUCGUCCAUUGUUCCGACCUUCGUUUUAUAAUGUGCUUUUUUCAUGCAUGCUUUUAUUUUGACAUGAAAGCGCGGGGCGCCUGUGGUGGAGAUUUUGGACAUGAAAGAGCCCGAUGGCCAUGUUGGGAGCAUGAAAGAGUCUUGGAAGUCAGCUGUCACAUUUCUGCUGAAAGCUGCGUAGUGCAACCUGUUGUCAGCUUUGUGGCGUUCGCUUUUUGGACAGCAUCGUCCCUUCCAAAGCAGAGAUCUUGCUCACCUUCCAUACUUCCUUCCCCACUGCGGCUUUUCAAGUUGAGGCCAAAUGCCCGAGAAGAGCGCACAUGGGCCCGGCCAGCAGCAGGACGCAGGGGCCGCCGCGGAGGAGUCGCGGACGGCGGAGGAUGUUUUCGACGACACCUACGCGGAGAAAGUAGGUCCCAAACCUCCGAUGCGGCUGGUGUGGAGGAACAUCAUCCUCAUGAUCCUGCUGCACUCCGGAGCCCUCUACGGGGCCACACUCAUCCCGGCGGCGGGCACCCUCACCCUGGCCUGGACUGGCGUGUGCUUCGUGAUCAGUGCCCUGGGUAUAACAGCGGGCGCACACAGGUUAUGGAGCCACAAAACCUACAAGGCCUCGCCCGCCCUCAAGGCCUUCCUCGUUCUUGCCAACUCCAUGGCCUUUCAGAACGACAUUUACGAGUGGGCUAGGGACCACCGGGUCCAUCACAAGUACUCUGAGACGGACGCCGACCCCCACAACGCAAAGAGGGGCUUCUUCUUCUCCCACAUCGGCUGGCUGCUGGUCCGCAAGCACCCGGACGUCAUCUCCAAGGGCCGCAAAGUGGAGAUGUCCGACCUGAAGGCCGACAAAAUGGUCAUGUUUCAGAGGCGGCACUACCAGCUCUCGGUGGUGGUCUUCUGCUUCCUGGUGCCCACGCUGGUGCCCUGGUACUUCUGGGGCGAGUCCCUCCUGGUGGGAUACUUCCUGCCCGGACUGUUCAGGUACACCGUGGUGCUCAACGCCACCUGGCUGGUCAACAGCGCCGCCCACAUGUGGGGCAACAGGCCUUACGACAACACCAUCAACCCCAGGGAGAACUUGUUCGUCGCCCUCAGCGCCGCCGGCGAAGGCUUCCACAACUUCCACCACACCUUCCCCUUCGACUACGCCACCAGCGAGUUCGGCGUCAAGUUCAACCUCACCACCGCCUUCGUGGACCUCAUGUGCCUGCUGGGCCUGGCCUCCGAGCGCAGGGUGGCGUCCAAGGAGCUCGUGGCCGCCAGGGUGCAGCGGACGGGCGACGGCAGCGUGAAGAGUGGCUGAGGCGCACCGUGGCCAGGUGUGAUGAUGAUGAUGAUGAUGAUGAUGAUGGAGGGUGAGGCGCUCACACCUCUGAUUGUUAUGAGACGACACAGCCACUGUAGCCUUGUCACCUUAAUAUUAAACACAUUGGAGGAUGAAA